AUGUCAGCCCUCACCGUUGCCACCCUACCCCGCAUUAGCCGCGACACCCUAGCGGCCCUGCUUCGAGGGGGGGCUACCCAGGCUCAACUGGCCAUUAUUGACGUUCGUGACUCAGACCACAUCGGUGGCCACAUCCGCACCUCUACCUGGGUCCCCGCCAGUUCCUUCGAUGUCCGCAUGCCAGAGCUUGUUCGCAUCCUCAAGGACACGGAGCUGGUUGUCUUCCACUGCGCUUUGAGCCAGCAGCGGGGUCCCCGGGCAGCUCUACGAUACGCUCGCGAGCGGGAGAGCGCCUAUGGCCCAGAGGCGAGCAGCAAGCAGCAAAUCCAAGUCUUGGAAGGCGGGUUUGUUGAAUGGCAGGUGAAGUAUGGGAAGGAUGCCGAGUUGACCGAGGCCUACGUGCAGGACAUCUGGCAGGAGUAG